UAAAAUACGCGGCGUUAUGGGCUACAAUCACUUAGCGAUGUACCAGAAACAUGUAUACCAAAGAACAAAAGAAAAGGCAGUGCACACGGUAACAAGAAUCUAGACGCUGUGUAGCGUGCCAGCCACUGGGUCCCCGGAAUGGCUACCAAUCCCAGCGCGGCAUGACAGAAUUAGCCAGAAGGUUCUAUGUUUAGCGCCAUCACAAGGAGAGGGGGGGAGAGCAUAUUCCAGGGCUCUCCGCUCGCUAAUCCGUUUUCUCAAACAAUAAUAGUGUCGCCGGUUGGCGGCGGGGGGGCGCCUGGCCUGAUGCCGCGGUUAAUCCAGGGAAUAAACCCCUCCUCCCGUUGGGCGCCCGUCGCCGAGCCAACCACCCUAUAAAACUCGGGCGCCCGCCUCCCCCUCUCCUCCGCACCGUCGCAGGCUCACAUCAGCUCACGGUCACGGGCUCACGGCACCACUUGGCGGGCGACAUGGCCGUGUACAUCCGCCUCGACGACGCCGUGCGCGCGCGCCUCCGCGGGGACGCCGCCGCGGGGUGCACCAGCAGCGGCAGCGACCACGACGCGUCCGCCUGCCUCUCCGGGCUCGUCCAGGCGUUCCUCGAGACGGGCGCCAGCGCGGCCGAGGCAGGCGGGCCGGGCCCAGCCCCCAAGGAGUGCGACUCCGACGAGGAGGACGGGCCCGGGCGGGCGGCCGCCGCCGUGGCGUCCGUGAGGGCCCUGCUCGACCCGCCGGCCGAGGAGGACGUGUUCCGGAUCAGGCUGGCCGCAGCGGUGGCGGCCGCCGCGGAGGCCGAGGCGGCACUCCGGGCGCACGGGGCGGCGUUCCGGCGCGCCGUGGCGUGGAGGCUGCGCGGCGCCGGGUACGACGCCGGCGUGUGCCGGUCGCGGUGGGAGGCGUCCGGCGGCAUCACGGCCGGGGCGUACGAGUACGUGGACGUGGUCGCGCCCGCGCCCGUCGGCCCGGGCGCGCGGCAGCGGGCCAGGUACAUUGUGGACGCCGACUUCCGCGCGGGGCUGGAGGUGGCCCGCGCCACGCCCGAGUACGCGGCCGUCGUCGCCGCGGUGCCGGCGCCCGCGGUGGUCGCGCGGGAGGAGGCCGUCGGCCACGCCGUGCGCGUCGCGUCCGACGCCGCGCGCCGCUCGCUCCGCGCCCACGGCCUCCACGUCCCGCCCUGGCGCAAGACGCGCUACAUGCUCGCCAAGUGGCUCGGCCCCUACAAGCGCUCCACCGCCACCUCGCCGGCGGCCGUCGGGGCAAUGCCGAUGCCCGGCGGUGCUGGGCUGGACGUCAAGUGCCGCGCCGUCGGGUUCUUUGCGCCCCCGUCCACCGCGCCGGCGCCCAGGAUCAAGUAGCCGGGCGGCGAUGGCCCAGGAGAUCGCUGGAAUGGGAACAAAAAUGAAAAAGAAAACGCUUGUUUCAGUGUAGAGAGGUUCCUAGUGCGAUCGAGAGUUUGAUUUUGACUUUGAGUUGCUCUCGGACAUGUUUUGUACAUACAUUUUUAUUUCGAGAUUAUUAUCUAGAACAAAUUGUCAUCUUCUUGUUUCUUUGUUAUUUUUUAUGUAUAAACAAAAGGUGGCACUAGGAA